GCCAAUUCGUUGACCAUGGCUCCAAUUUUUCCUCUCAUCUCUGGCAUAGUCUCACUGUCUUUGUUGAGUCUUUUUCAGGUAGCUCCGUGUGUUGCCGUGGACAAUAGUACGUACGAGUACAUUGUUGUUGGCUCAGGACCUGGCGGGGGACCCCUCGCGGCCAACUUGGCACGGGCAGGUCACUCUGUGCUUCUGAUCGAAGCAGGAGAUGACCAAACAGAAAAUAAAAAUGUCUCCCAGUGGUUCAAUUUCAACCCGGCUGGCAAUGAUCCAGCUACACGAUGGGAUAUAUUCGUGAAACACUCCGAUGACGAAGCCCGCGAGGCAAGAUAUCUGCACAGAACCUGGCGACAAACAGAUGGUGGUUUUUAUGUUGGCAUUGAUCCUCCGGCUGGCGCAAAACCUCUCGGCAUUUAUUAUCCGAGAGCGGGUACACUGGGAGGUUGUGCUAUGCAUAAUGGCUGCUUGACCAUGAACCCCAAUGAUUUGGACUGGAACGAUAUCGCCGAGACCACAGGAGAUAACUCGUGGAGCGCGGAGAACAUGCGAAAAUAUCUAAUCAAAUUAGAAACAGUUCACUACGAAAGCAAUUAUACGCAUGGACACGAUGGAUGGCUAAGCAUGACCAGCUUGGGGAAUGGCUUUGAUGCUUACCGUGAUUCUCAUGAGCUUACCACCCUUGCUUCUGAGGCUGCCGGGUACACUGCUGCUGAAGCAGCCAGUCUAGUCAAACGCGACAUCAACGGUGCUCAACCAGAUCGUGACCAGCUUCUGGGUCCUUUCAAUGGUGUCAGCCAUGUAGAAGCCGAUGCUGUUCAGAGAUCCUCGCCUGGGUACUAUGUUCGCGACACCGUUAGGGAAGGGAAGUACCCGCUCACUCUAUUCCUCGACACUCUCGCAACCAAGGUGAUCUUCGAUCAGUCUGGCUCCAAACCCAAAGCUGUCGGUAUCGAGUAUCUCAAAGGGAAGAGCUUGUACAGUGCGGACCCUCGAUCCAACCCCAAUGCUACCGGGACGCCGGGAAAAGCAUACGCUUCCAAAGAAGUGAUUAUCUCGGGUGGCACAUUCAACUCCCCGCAAAUUCUUAUGCUCUCGGGAAUUGGACCAGCAGCUCAUCUCAAGAAAUUUGAUAUACCAGUGGUUGUGGAUCUGCCCGGCGUCGGACAGCAAGUGGCAGAUAAUUACGAAACGGGUAUCCUCACGCUGGGCAAACGGGCAGUUCAAGGCAUGGGCGAGAUCUUCCCAACUUUCUGGAAGACAUCCCAGGCUGCGAUCCGUGAUUUCUACCUUUUCUGCGGAUCUCUUUCCUUCGAAGGUUUCUGGCCUGGUUUCCCUAAUAUCCCCCCAUUCUUCAACCAAACCCAUGGACCCAAUCAGUACGAAUGCGCAUUGGUGCAAAUGAACCCUCACUCGCAAGCGGGUGUCAUUGAACUGCAAUCCGCAGACCCACGCGACACACCCGUCAUCAAUCUCAACUACUUCAAAGAUGAAGAGGAAAAGGAUCUCAACGCCCUUCUCGAAGGUGUCGAGUGGGUGCGCUCAUGGCUCAGUAAGGUCAACGGCUCUGAUCCCGAAUCCUUGGCUCCUUUCAACGAAUUGCACCCAUGUGAGGGCCAGAUCGGCAAGCAAAACUGCACGGCAGAAAGCCAAAAGACGUACAUGAAGGAGCAAGCCUACGGCCACCAUGCUACGAGCAGCUGUCGCAUUGGCGCUGAUAGCGAUAAGUUCGCCGUUCUCGAUAGCAAGUUUCGUGUUCGUGGGGUGGAGGGGUUGAGGGUGGUAGACGCAUCUUCCUUUCCGAAGGUUCCCGGCGGAUACCCCGUGCUUCCUACCAUGAUGCUCAGUGAAAAGGCUACGGAGGAAUUGCUGGCUGAUGCUGCGAAGGCCUGA